CCCCAGAUGCUGCUGCUGCCGCCGCGGCCGCCGCCCCCGCGCGCCGCCUCCCCGGAGGCCGUGGAGCCGCCGCCGCCCAAGGCGCCCCCGUUCCCCCAGGCCGAGGGUCCCGCGUCCGCCCCGUCCUCGGCGUCCGGCCCGCGGCCCCCGCGGCUGGGCCGCCACCUGCUCAUCGACGCCAACGGGGUCCCCUACACGUACACGGCGCCGCUGGAGGAGGAGCCCCGCGGGCCGGCCCCGCGCGAGGCGCCCCCGGGAGAGCCCGCGCCCCGCAAGGGCUACCCGUGCCCCGAGUGCGCGCGCGUGUUCGCCAGCCCGCUGCGGCUGCAGAGCCACCGCGUGUCGCACUCGGACCUCAAGCCCUUCACGUGCGGCGCCUGCGGCAAGGCCUUCAAGCGCUCCAGCCACCUGUCCCGCCACCGCGCCACGCACCGCGCGCGCGCGGGGCCGCCGCACACCUGCCCGCUGUGCCCGCGCCGCUUCCAGGACGCGGCCGAGCUGGCGCAGCACGUGCGGCUGCACUGAGCGCCCCCCGCGCCCCGUCCGCCCCGCGCGCGAUGUAGACCAAAGCCGUCGCCCUCCCCGGGCCCGGGCGCCGCGCGCGCGCGUCGAGAGGCCUCCCGGGGCCCCGCGUGUCCGCGCGUGGGGGACGCCGGCGGAAG